CGCGCUCCUAUUUAAAAACGUCGCCUAUGGCACUGGCCAGAUGUGGCGUUUAUAAGGGGAAAUUAUCUUUUAUUAAAAUUUCGGAACGCUGAUUACUGAGUUGUCAACUAUCAUGGCGACCCUGGUCUACGUUGACCAAGAGAACGACGGCAUUCGCACUCCUGCUCCAUCCAAGCAGCGCGCUCGGCUCCAGUCCGCUCCAGGUGGGGUCUAUGCCGAAAAGUGUCUAAAGACCCCUCUGUCGAGCAGGAAUCAUCCGCAGUCCGGCCGCAAAGCUUUGGGGCCGUUGAACAAGGUCUGCGCCGCGGUCUCCUCUUCGACACAAGAGAGUCGAAAGCCCGGCGUGGCCAUACCAGCGAGAGCGAAAGCGGAGAAGAACGCCGAGGAGUACCCCGAGGUGGAGAAGUUCAUUCCGUACAACCCACUGGACUUCGAGAGUUUCGAGGUGCCGGAGGAGGUCCGUCUCAGUCAUCUGUGCCUGGCGGGGCUGAGCAGCGUCUCGGGGCCCCCGGUUCUGCCGGAGGACGACGAGCUGGAUGAGCUAGAGCCCUGUCCACCUACUUCUCCAGUGCAGAUGAGACGUGGUUUUUCUGCAGAACUGGAAGCUUUCCUCCAGACGGUCAACCAGUUAACUGUGGAUUUGCCUCCUGAGAUGGAAGACUGACACCCCCCACCGUUUUCUUUUUCUUCUCCUCCCCUUUUUUUAGAAAUAAAGGCUUUAAUCUGUGUUUG